AUGUCUUUCUCGGCCUCCCGUAUGCUCCUGCGCACUCCCCAGAUUGGCCGCAUCGCUGUGCGCCACGCCUCGACCACAUCCGAAGCAGCCAACGCUGCCUCCAACGCUGCUUCCAAGGCCACCACCCAAGCCUCUCAGGGCCUGUCAAAAGUUUCAUCGUCGGCCGAGUCUGGUAUCUCAAAGGCUGCCGGAGCUGCCACCAGCGCCAUGAACAGCGUUGGUGGUCGCACCGGUCAGGUCAUCAGCAUGGUCCAGUCCAUGAUCCCUCCUACCGUCUACUACGGCAAGGUCGGCCUUGAGCUGGCCAAGCUCGUUGCCCGCGGCCAGAAGAUGAGCCCUCCUAACGUCCAGACUUUCCAGACAUACGGCCAGAACGUCAUGAACGCCGUCAAGAACCCCAGCGCCAACAGCCCGUCAAACCCCUUCCAGGCCAUGCGCAACAUUGGCACCUCGCAACUCAUCACCGCCGGAGUUGUGACGGCCGAGAUUCUCGGCUUCUUCACCUUUGCAAAGAAGGGUACAUCGGCGGGUACGCAGAUUCACACGCCAUCGUCGGGACCUGCGUCAAAUCCCCAACUCUUCGACCAUGGCAACCAAGCACAAGCAGCCCAGCGCAAACGCAAGAGAGGGAGCGAGACAGUGACGGCGAGCUUGGACUUCUUCGGUGGCGGUGCAUCGGCCAAGGAGGGAGACGUCGAGCAGCAAGAGCAGGAUACCACAGACGAGCAGACGAGGCUGCAGCAGGAACAAGCGGCGCCUGUCGCAUUGAGCCCCGAAGAGUGCAAGCAGCUGCUGGGACGCCACAAGGUCAAAAUCACCCUGUUCCGCAGCGAGUCCGAGCCUCCUGCAAAGAAAAAGAAGAAGAAGGAAAAGACCGACAAGGAGAACAACAAGGCAGCCCACACCUCGCCCGACCACUCAAGACCGCUAUACCCGGCGCCCGUCAGUGACUUUGGCAGUCUAGCCCCGAGAUACCGCAUCUCAAAGGCUCUUCUACGGAACAUCAAGGACAAUGGCUACAGCACCACGACCGAAGUCCAACUCGCUGCUUUGCCGCUCUUGCUUGACCCCCGCCCAUACUUGGAUGCACGCGGACAAGACCAAGACCAAGACCAGGAACAUCAUGUCGACCUGUUGAGCAUUGCUCCGACGGGCAGCGGAAAGACUCUGGCCUUUAUGAUUCCUCUAAUCCAUGCUCUGACGCUUGCACGUCGCACUCAAACACCAUCUGGCCCUCAGGCCAUCAUACUCGCCCCAACCAAGGAACUCGCCAGCCAGAUUGCCAACGAGGGCCGAAAACUCGCUCUGAACACUGCUAUACGCAUCACCAACGUCCGCAAGGGCAUGCGUCUCGCUUCAGAUCCUUCAUCCGAUGCAGAUGCCUCAGCGAACGACGUGCCUCCUGUCAAGGCUGACAUCCUCGUCUCCACCCCGGCUGCUCUAAAGAACGCCAUUGGCGACGUGAACACCAGCUCGCAAGCCUUGUCUCAGAUCCGAUUCUUGGUCCUUGACGAGGCCGAUGUUCUUCUUGACCCCUUGUUCCGCGACCAGACCUUGGCUGUAUGGAAUGCCUUGUCGAAUCCCAACCUCCGUCUUGGUUUCUGGUCUGCCACCAUGGGCUCCAACAUCGAGGAAAUCGUCAAGGCCACCAUCAAAAGUCGUGCCGAGACGCUUUCCGAGGCCAGCUCCACUCCUGUCCAGAUCGCCCCCUUUGUACGUCUUGUUGUUGGCCUCAAAGACUCGGCUGUGCCCAACAUCGAUCACCGUCUGAUCUACGCGGCCACCGAACAAGGCAAACUCUUGGCCCUCCGCCAGCUCUUGCAUCCUACCUCCACAGGCGUCGACAAGCAGCCCGUUGUCCGUGCCCCCUUCCUCAUCUUCACUCAAACCAUAGAGCGUGCGGUCGCCUUGCACUCGGAACUUCUCUACGAUAUUCCCGCCGAAGCAGGUGGAAUCUCACGUAUCUCUGUACUGCACUCGGACCUCUCUGACACCGCGCGUGACCACGUCAUGACACGCUUCCGUAAGGGCGAGGUCUGGAUCUUGAUCACCACCGAUCUCUUGUCGCGCGGCGUCGAUUUCCGUGGCAUCAAUGCUGUCAUCAACUACGAUGCACCCACCUCGGCUGCAGCCUACGUUCAUCGUGUUGGCCGCACAGGUCGUGCUGGCAGAGAAGGUGGUGUAGCUCUGACCUAUUACACAGACGAUGAUGUCGCAUCCAUCAAGACAGUUGCCAACAUCAUCGUCGCAAGUCAGAAGCAGAGGGGAGCAGCAGGUGGCACAACAAACAUCCAACAGUGGUUGCUGGACGCUCUACCAACGCCCAGCAAGCGCGACAAGCAACAACUCAAGAAGCGCGGUAUCGAGACCAGAAGAUCUGCUUCUGGCAAGGAUACCAAGACCGGAAAGCCAAAGGCGCGUAUUAGUACCAAGAGUGGCUACAUCCGAAAACUUGAGAACAAUAGAAAGGGUGCUGUUGCAGCGAGCAAGAACCCGCAAGAAUCGGGAGAUGCAUCAGACUCCGGUGAGAGCUUUGGCGGAUUUGAAGAAUAA